GCUGUGUCCGAAAUCACUCCCUAUCCCCCAUAUAGUGCACUAUAUAGUGGAUACGCCAUUUUGUAGUGCUGUCCGAAUACUGAGUGAGCAUGGUUAUACACUAUAUAGUCCACUCAAUGUAUCCCACAAUGCAUUUUGAAAAGUAGUGUAUGAGCGAUGUUCACUAUACGAGCAAUAUAUCCCAUCAUGCAUUGCGGUUCAAACAGAAGAAAUGGCUGACAGACAGGAACGCGAAGGCGGACGGCGGGAGCUGACUUACAAAUGGACUGACGAUGAUGUGGCCCAGCUUAUCAGGCUGAGGGGGGAGAAGGACCACCUCUUCAGCGGGAGGCGGUUUGCUGCUGCUGCAGGAUGGGAAAUUGUGCUGAAAGAAAUGAGGCUGGCGGACCGAGUCGGUCCUGCAAGAGCGGCAAAGAAGUGGGAGAAUUUGAAGAAAACGUACAAGGAGCUCAAACAACCACCCACAGGGAGUGGCACUGAAUCAGGGGAGGCAACUGCUGGGACAUGGAAGUGGUUCUCCCUCAUGGAUGAGGCAAUAGGUGGGAGGCCAUCCAUAAGGCCUCCAUGCCUCAUUGCCUCAGCCUGGGGAGACAACUCUCUCGUGUCCCAGCCAGAAUCCCCUGAUUCAGUGCCAUCUGACUCUGAGAGAGAGCCAGAGAGAGGGACAGAGGAGGCAGGGCCAGCACCAAAGAGGCAGAGGAGUGCUGGGGACAAAGUUCUGUCAUUUUUGGAGAGGGCUGAAGAAAGGGCAGAAGAGAGAGCAAGCAGAGAUGAGGCCAGGGAGGAGAGAUUAUUGAGUUUGUUAGAAAAGAUUGUUGAAAAAAUGUAAUAAAAUGAAUGGAUGAAAAAGCUGCACUUUAAAAUUAAUGUUUUAUAAAUCAGUCUUUAACAUGAACACAAACUUGAAAGAACUGAUUUUGAAAGAACUGAUACAGUAUGUAGAUUUUAAACAAAGCAGAAAGAACAAAUAUAAACAACUGAUAACUACUAAUAACUACAUAUUUACAACUAUUAACACUUAUGAAUAAUUAACUAUUUACAUGAAUUGAAGUCUUAACAAUUUUGCUUUAUCUUAAAUCUAACUACAUAUUUACAACUAUUAACACUUAUGAAUAAUUAACUAUUUACAUUAAUUGACGUCUUAACAAUUUUGCUUAUUUUGGUCCUAAAUAUAGUCAUGAUCGUCGAGAGCUGGCAGAUUUUCCACCGGGGCUGAAAGGGCAGCAGCCAUGCGUAC